AUGCGCAAUCUACGUGUCGAGCUUCUAGCUCGCAGAUCAUGGACUUGUGUUCAAUGCAGAACCUUGUCCUCGUCUGCUGGCGCAAAUGUGCGCAAGUCAAAAAAUAACCUCCCUGACGGCCCAGCACGAACGCGAUUUGCGCCAUCUCCGACCGGAUAUCUUCACUUGGGGUCGCUCCGCACUGCUCUUUUCAACUACCUGCUCGCCAAGCGCACCGGUGGACAAUUUCUGUUGCGGAUCGAAGACACCGAUCAAAAACGUACAAUCCCUGGGGCAGAACAGCGACUCUACGACGACCUGCGAUGGGCCGGCCUACACUGGGAUGAGGGCCCUUUGGUGGGGGGAUCUUUCGGACCAUACAGACAAUCUGAACGCACAGCUCUUUACAAAAUUCACGCCAAUGACCUUGUCUCCAGGGGGCAUGCGUAUCGGUGCUUCUGCUCUUCCGACCGUCUUGAUGCACUCGCGCGACAUCGUAGCCAGGCAGGGCUUCCUUCCGGGUAUGAUCGGAAAUGCUUCGACGUAUCUAAAGCGGAAUCCGAGGAAAGAGGAGCGAAGGGUGAGGCACAUGUCGUUCGAUUGAGGGUGGAUAGCUAUCCCAUGUUCAAAGAUCUCGUCUACGGCAAGACGGGCCAAAACAAGACUAAUAGCAGCAAGCUGGACUUGAUCGAUCGUGUUUACGACGACCCAAUUCUCAUGAAAUCCGACGGCUUCCCCACAUAUCACCUCGCAAAUGUGGUCGAUGACCAUUGCAUGAAAAUUACACACGUCAUUCGAGGGACUGAAUGGAUGCCAUCCACACCGAUGCACGUCGCGUUAUAUCAGGCCUUUGGUUGGUCUCCGCCUCAUUUCGGCCAUGUCCCUCUUCUCGUCGAUAAGAGUGGUCAGAAACUCAGCAAGCGAAACGCGGAUAUCGAUCUCUCGUCAUUCAAGGACCAGCAAGGCAUCUUUGCCACGACUUUGGUCAAUUUUGCUGCCCUGCUUGGGUGGUCACAUGCUCAAAAGUCCGAUGUCUUUGAUCUGGACGAGCUCGAGCAGCUAUUCAAUCUCAAGAUCACUCGUGGCAAUACGGUCGUUGCUUUCGAGAAGCUGUGGUUCCUUCAAAAAGCGCACGCACAGCGAUUUGCUGCAAAGGGUGGUCCUCAAUUCGAUGAAAUGGUGGAUCAAGUAUGCCAAGUUGUCCAGCAUGACCAUUUCGGCGAGAAGCUGGACUCAAUUCUUCGCGGCCGGACGUUGACUGAGUAUAUUGCGUCUCUAUUACGCGUGGAUGCCAAGACCUACACAACCGCCGAGGAUUUUGCCAAGCGUAAUUCUACUUUCUUCAAAACUCAGAUCGAGAGACCUCCUUAUACGCCCACGACUACAUCAGACACUAACAACCCAACGGUCUCCGUGCAGUCGCUCCAUACUGCAGCCGCGGCCCUCACUCUCGUACCGCCGGCCCACUGGAACAUUGAAACACACCGCGCCAACAUUGCCAUGUACAAUGGUUCUAGCGCUACCACUUCCACCACCGAAGACGCGGACAUCACUUUGUCCGAUAAGACUUUCAAAAAAGAACUAUAUCAUUAUCUCCGCUGGGCGUUGUCGGCUUCAGCUCCCGGACCAGGCAUACCUGAGACUAUGACUAUCCUAGGCCGGAACGAGACAAUCCGCCGAAUUCAAGACGCGAAAGCGCUUACCCAGGCAUUGGUACCUCAGGUGGGGAGAAGAGUACCCCGGAGUUCAGGCGAGAACAAGCUUCAAGAAGAUCAGAGUUGGAUGGGCACUCUUGCUCCGAGGAAAUGA